UAUAAAGAGCGCGCAGACGACGCGCAUCGCAUUCGGCUCGGAGCUCGACGAGGAGAUGAUGCCCGCCACCUUCGUGUUCCCCGUGCUGGUCGUCUCCUUGCUGGCGGCCGGCGGUCCGUCGGAGGCUUGGUACAAGCAGGCGGCCGGUCCGAGCUACUACUCCGUGGGCAGGGCGUCCGGCUUGCUGUCGGGCAUUCGGAGGUCCCCGUACGUCCGGAGAGCAGAGCCGGAGCCGGCGGACAGCGACGAGCCGGCGGACGAAAACGCGUUUGCGCAACUCACGGCGCAGAACUUCAUCCUGAAGACGAUGCCUGUUUGCAUCAAAGACAUUUCCCCAGAUCUGCAGAGCUGUGAACUGCAGGAGAUCACGGGUUCAUUUAAGUGCAAAGCGGACAUCUUCCUCACUCUGGACUCAGCCGACUGUGGAGGGGACUGAGCAGCAGAGCCGACGGCUGGACGAUGAAAAGGCUCAGAGACAAGUCCCUGUAUACGUCCAAGUUUAACACCAAUACUGCACUGGACGGAAGACAGACCUUCAUUCAACAUUUCCUAAAUCAAUAGACCCGUGUUGAACUUUACUCUGUAAAAGUAAUGUAAAUAAUCGAUGAGUUUUCAUUAAUAAAUGAAUCUUAAUGCAA